AGUUCACGCCAGCUUUUUUGUCUGAAUGUUGAAUGGCACGAAAGGGUAUAAUGCGGAUGCUCCCACUGGUAACAUGUGCUGCUCUACUGGCAAGCGUCUCUGCACAGGACUCAGCUUUACAACUUGGACUUUUGAGUGGUUAUGAGGGAGUCAAGAGGAGACUAGAAAAUUAUGCCGCAAAACUAUCGCUUGAAGAGCGAUACAAAGAUAUAGAUCUGAAGUAUCUGACGCAGAGACUAGACCACUUCACGCCCUCCGUUACGGAUACUUGGAAGCAGCUUUAUGCAGAAAAUUUUGAGCAUUAUGGUGGCAACAAUUUAAUUUUUUUAAUGAUAGGAGGCGAAAGUUCAAUCAGCACUGACUGGUUACGGCGAAGUUUCAUGUCUAAGCAAGCUGAGAAAUUUAAAGCUGCAACUUUUACAACUGAACAUAGAUUCUACGGAAAAAGUAUACCACGGGACUUAUCAAUAGAAUCAUUGAGGUAUUUGAGCAGUGAACAAGCACUGGCUGAUCUGGCGCAUUUUAUCACUCAGAUGAACAUCAAACAUGGUUUCAAAAAUCCAAAAUGGAUCGUCUUCGGAGGGUCCUACGCUGGAUCCUUGGCUGCUUGGCUCAGAUAUAGGUAUCCUCACUUGGUAUACGCUGCUGUAGCUUCCAGUGGUCCUCUACUCGCAAAGGUUGAUUUUCACGGUGAGUAUUUGAACUUCAUAAAAAUAAAAAAACAAAGAUUACGGUCCACAAAAUACGUGCCUGCAGUGACCUUAAACAUACCCUGUACAUUAGUUUCGAUUAAAGCUAUAGAAAUGUUCUAUUCUUGCCAGGUUCAUCGAUAUGCCGAAUUCAGCAAACUCAUCAGAGGGGGCCAAUGCCUCGCCCAUGAAUUUGCGAACUUGGUGGCUUUUCUUAAGGAUACUAAUUUGGGAGUUCUUUUUGGAGUUCGACAAUGGUUCUACCAAACUUGCACCGAGUUCGGUUGGUUCUUUACGUCCAACAGGAAGAAUGACUUAUUUGGAGAUAAAAUAACUGCUGACUUUGGCGACAGCAUUUGCACAGACGCGUUCAAUAGCAAGUUUGACACAUCUUUCGUCGAAAGGUCUGUGAACGAGACUAAUUUGAACUACGGAGGGUAUAACUUACCUGUGACCAGAGUGGCGUUUGUUCAUGGAAUGAAUGACCCAUGGUCUCCACUUGGCAUCAUGAAAAAAGCUCCCAAAGGGAGUGUCGCUAUCACCAUUAAAGGAGUUGCUCACUGUGCGGACAUGAUGCCAGAUCAAGACACUGAUUCACAACCGCUCAAGAACGCGCGAGCAAGGAUAUCACGGAUGUUGGAACGGUGGAUAAAAGCAAAGACUUCUGAAGAUGAAGAAUUGUCUCUAGCAGAUUUUUGAAAAUCACACUUUGGAAAAUCAAAACAGUGUAGAAUAACAGUGACAUCAAAUCCA